AUGGGUGGAGGCGGCAAGAUCCCUUAUCCCAAGGAAGUCUGGUCUCCCGCUGGAGGCUGGUACGCUCAACCCGCGAACUGGAGGGUCAAUACUGCUAUUAUUGGUGCAGCUAUGCUUGGUGUUGUCGCUGUGACCUGGAGCAUCAGCGCUGACCGUGAGCGCCGGGAAAAGAUGCCAGAGCCGGGCAGAUUCUUCCCAAGCCGCUAG